AAGUCAUUGAUGAAAACAAAGAUAAGUCAGAUUAUAGUCAACUUGUUAAAAAAGGAAGUUUAUUGAUUGAAAUAUGUGACACAGGCAUUGGCAUGGAUCCAGCAUAUAUAAAAUAUGCCUGGAAAAGCUUUUCACAAGGAGACAUGUCAAUAACUAAAAUGCAGUAUGGUGCAGGACUUGGUCUCUCAAUUUGCAAAAAUUUAGUAGAAAUUAAUGGAGGAGAAAUUAAAGUAGAAAGUGAGUUAGAAAAAGGAA